GCGUCAGGUCAGUGAAUGUCACGUCGACUCUGGUUCGUUUACCAAUACACCUGCUGAUACGACUGCGACUGCGACUUAACGACAUAGGAAAACCAAAAAUAAACAGCAUAUUUGCUUUAAAUAACGAUCAGUGUUACUUCAAGUUUAUCUCCUGUGUGAGAUCGUCCGCCGCCAAGAUCUCGUCUUUACAAGAAUUACUUUUGAGCCUGAUGGAUGGCAAUGAAAGCGAUGGCAGUGAUAGUGGGUCUGAGGGGCUACCAACUCAAAACCGUGACGAUUACGGCGAAGCGGACGAUCCUGACGAGGACGGCAGCGAGGCUUCGCCGGUGCACAUGCAGGCGACGCUCCGACAAGUCUACUACGACAGUGAAGCAGAGUCCGUUGAUGUAGAGGCCAUUGAAGUAGAGGAGCCCUACGAUAUAUCUAUAGCUGCUUCACACUCGUACCUGGGCGCGGGGCUGGAGCAGGCGCGCGGGCGGCGCGUGCUGGAGGCGGGCUGGCGCGGCCGCGUGCCCGUGGCGGCGCACCACGGCGUGGUGUUCCCGGGCGAGGUGGUGCCCAUGCUGCUGCCGCACGCCGCCGACGCCGCGCUCAUCGUGGACGCCAUCAACACGCACAAGCUGUUCGGCCUGCUCUGUCCCAGUGAGACCGGCGACAAGCUGUCGGGCUACGGCGUGCUGUGCGAGGUGAUGAUGUUCGGCAUCGAGCACAUGCUGGCGCAGCCCACGUCGGUGACGUUCAAGGCGCGCGCCAUCCACCGCUUCGUGCUGGAGCGCGGGCCGCGGCAGGCGCUGGCGUACCGGCGCAUGCGCGCGGCCGAGCUGCGCGUGCUGCCCGAGCUGGCGGCGCGGGACGGGCUGCGCGCGGCGCGGCUGGCGUCGCUGGACGCGCUGCGCUCGCCGCUGCCCCUCGCGCCGGGGCAGCGCCGCCUGCGCGCGCUGGACGCCGCCGCCACGCCGUGGCCGCUCUUCGUGCACGACAUCCUGGACUUCGAGCGUAUGCGUCGCAUCAUCUGCGACUACUUCGAUACCAUGUCGUUGGGGGACCGGCUGCCGGAGGAGCCGGUGUCGCUGUCGUUCUGGGUGGCGAGCAACCUGCCGCUGUCGCUGGCGGACCGGCUGGCGCUGUUCGCCGUCGACAACGCGCUGCUGCGCCUGCACAUGGAGUGCCACUUCAUUAGCCGGGUCAAUAAAAGCGUGUUGUGCUGCUCGUCGUGCAUGACGCAGAUCGCGCGCAGAGAACAUUUAUUUGCCAUGUCCAGCGAGGGAGUGCACUCCAAUUAUACUAAUCUAGGCGGCUACAUGCACGACCUGCUGACAGUCCGCGAGGUGAGCAACGUGCGAGCAGCCGGCCCCAGCAGCGAGGAGUACUCGUGGUUCCCGGGCUACUCCUGGACAGUCGCGCACUGCCGCCUCUGCGCCGCGCACGUCGGCUGGCGGUUCGACGCGACCAAGGGGCGUCUGCGGCCGCUCACCUUCUACGGCAUCUGCCGCAACUACGUCACGCCGCACACAGACGACAGCGCGCAACAUCUGUGAACCACAUCGUGUUCAGCAGAGGUCAAAACAAACGAGUUUACCAUCGGAGGGAGCUGCCGACUGAUGUCAUCACCUUUACCCUCCACAUCUGAGAUUAUGCAAUUAGCAUACUGCAUAUUCGUGCUGGAGUCUACAAAGUCACUUGUUAUUUGUGUCUUCAGAGUACAAUUUCUUUAUAUUAACGAUGACGUAAUUCGGCCAGUUGAUGACCGGCCUUGUGCCACAGUGAGGGUAGUGGUGGCCGCUGUACACGCGGGCGCGUGUCGGCCUGUCCCCGCCACCCUUGCUUGUUCCUCCUACGUCAUACAUGUAACAGCGUACCUAGUACACACUAGGAUUUAUAUUAGCAGUUUAAUUUCAAACUGUCAUGCUAAUCAUUGUAAAGUCUUCAUGAAAUCUGUACCUAUAAUUAGUACCUUAAUCAUUUUUUAUAUUGACUGUCAAAUAAGAUCUAAAUAUGAAAUGAUGAUUGGGAAUAAAUCAUCAUAAGUUAUGUAAAUAAAAGUCAUAUUUCUAGAUAAACUUUCGUUACCUUCUUAAUAGUAAGUAAAUAAAGUAUUUUAUGCAGUGCA